AUGACAGGGAAAUUCUGGAAACCCUCGGCCUGUGAGUGCACCCCUUUCGUUUCACGACAACAAGGGCGAAGAAGGCUGACUGGAGAGCAGAAAACCAGCCUUAUGGCUCCUAGAAGACGAUUCCGCCGAAAUGCCCUUGUGGUUUUCUUUCUUUGUUGUUUCUUCUUCAUUCUCAUGAACAACGGGAGAGUGACAUCAUACAACCAAAACUGUUGUAUACCCGCGCUCUCGUCCGUGUUGGAAUAUAUGGAAUACAUAGACAACAAACAAGCUGUUUGUAACAACUGGGUCCAGCUCGGCGGAUGGAACGGCGCUCCCGAAGACGGCAAGAAGUUCCUGUGCCUCGACGAGAGGUUCCGCCUCGACCGCAACGACUGCGUGGUCCUCUCCUUCGGCGUCAACAACGAGUGGUCUUUCGAGGAUGACGCCGAGAGCCUGGGCUGCAAGAUCUACGCCUUCGACCCAUCCAUGAGCGUCGAGGAGUACCACCGAUCUCCGAAAAUCAAAUUCUUCGGCAUUGGCAUCUCUGACUUCCAAGGAGAGAUGGAGGUCGGUCAGCUGAAGGACGUGAGGGCAGGGAAAGCGAAGACCCUCCCAGUCUUCCGCUAUGAGGAGAUCGUCCGGCGUCUGGGACUCGAAGGCCGCGUCAUCGACUACGUCAAGAUGGACAUCGAACUCGCCGAGCUGGACGUCCUGCGCGAUCUGCUGGACAACUCGCCUCGCCUCCUCAGGAACAUCAACCAGAUCGCGUUCGAAGUCCACCACGACCUGAUGGAAGGCAGGAUGCGAGCGGGCAGCAACGUGCAAGAUUUCUGGACGCUCUUCCACCGCCUCGAAUGCGCUGGCUUCCGGAUCCUCUAUUCGCGCACGGCGUCCAUCUGGCAGGAGAUGGUGUGGUCCAGGGAAAUACAUGCAAAUUAG